GAGGACGCGGUGUUGCUGCGCCACGCGCUGCAGUGCGGCACGAAGCAGUGGGGAGAUCUGGGGAGGAGCGGUCAGCUCAAGCGGAGCAACAAGUCCUGCUGUAACCGUUACAUCUUCCUCCGAAGGAAGUUCACUCACCGCUUUCGCAACAACUUUCUGAGAAAGCACCUGGAAGAUGCUGCAUUCCUCCAGCACGUUUCCUUGGAAGGAUACAAUCAGCCGCUGUACUGUCAGGAUUUCAAGCAGCAGCAUCAGCAUCAGCUACAGCAGCAGCAUUGGCGGCGUGCAGAGGGCGUGGGUUCAGCUGAGCUCGCGUUUGGAGGGCUGUCGUUUGACGAGUGCACGGCCGUCUUUUUCGCCCCGAAUGUGCGCUGCCACCACCUAGCUUUCCCACCUGUCCCACUGAACCUCUCACCUUUCGCCAGCCCACCUCCGGCUUCCCAAGCUCCUCAUUUUGCUUCUCAAGCCGCCACCUUUUCUGCUGCGGCGCCUAAUGCUCCUACCUCAGAGUUUUCACUCGCCCAUGAUGCCUUCCCCGUUGCUGCUGCCUCCACCGCCGCUGCUGUGCACCGCCCAUUGAAGCGACGAAGGGACGACUGCACCAGCCUGGGGGCCGACCAGCCGCUGCUGGGCGGACGUGAGAGUCGGUGGAUGCGAGGGGGGACGGUGCAAGGGGGGGCGGUGCGAGGGGGGGUGGUGCGAGGCGGGGUGGUUUGCGGAGGGAUGGUCUGCCGGGGGAUGGUGUGUUGCACGCAGCUCCGGCGUCAGUCAGUGGCAGAGCAGUUCCAGCAGCAGGGGGAGAGCAGCCGCGUGCAGCAGCAGGCAGCGGACGAAGCCCUUCUGGAGGCAUUGCUGUGGGAGGAGCGUGGCCAGCAGCAGCAGGGAGGAGUGAGGAGCAGGGCGCAGCGGGUGUUGUGGCCGCGCGUUGGGUCAAAGAGUGUCCUUCCAGACGACGUGCUGCUGGGGUGCAGCAGCGACGAACCUGCCCUCAUGCAACGUGCCGCUCUGUCUGCUCCUCCGCCCACCCGGCCACACGCAGAGCUGCCAGCGCCAAUGCCCUCCCAAUUUGCUGCUCCGCCUGCCUCCACUUUCUGCGUUGGAAAUUCCGCCCUUAGCUGUGGGGAUUUCACUCCCUGCAUUGGGGAUUUCGGCGAGGGCUGGCCGCGCGUUGGGUCGGAGAGUGCUCUUCCAGACGACGUGCUGCUGGGAGUGUGCUGUGAGGACCCUGCCUUCACGCACUGCUCUGCUCCCUCAGCUGCGCCGUCCACCCAGCCACGCGCAGCACUGCCAGCGCCAAUGCCCUCCCUGCUUGCUGCUCCGCCUGGCUCCGCUCUCGGGAGCAUGAGCAGCGGCAUGACACGGACGCUUGAUGGGAGUGCGGGUGCCAUGCAGGAUCUGGAAUACUUGGACGCGUGCAUUGCCAUGCAGGAGCUGGAAUACUUGGACGCGCGCAUUGCCAUGCAGGAGCUGGAAUACUUGGACGCGUGCAUUGCCAUGCAGGAGCUGGAAUACUUGGACGCGUGCAUUGCCAUGCAGGAGCUGGAAUACUUGGACGCGUGCAUUGCCAUGCAGGAGCUGGAAUACUUGGACGCGUGCAUUGCCAUGCAGGAGCUGGAAUACUUGGACGCGCGCAUUGCCAUGCUCGGCAAUGGAAACAGCAGCAACCACAACCACAGCAACGACAAGGAAAACGACAAUGGCAACUGUGCUCUCUUUCUGGACACGCCCGUGGCUCACAUGUUGCUGGAUGGGCGUACCCUCACCGUGCACUUGGGGAGUGGGCCUCAGCAACAGGCGCUGGCAGCCCCUGGUGCUGCUGGGGCAGCCCCUGGUGCUGCUGGGGCAGACCAGCCUGAGUGGGCGGUGGAGCAGGGAGGGACCUGGGAGGGAGAUGCUCAGUGGCACCAACACCGGCAGCUGAAGGGUUGUGGGCGUGGAGAGAUGGAGCGCAUUCUCUCGCACCACCAACCGCUGCUGCCGCUCUCCCAAACUCCUAUGCUGUCAGCCCCCACUCAACCAGUCCUCUAUGGUGUGCCCAGUGCAUUGAACAUGCCCUCGAAUCCAAGGAACUCGCACAUGCAAGUUCUUAUACAGCCACGCCCAGCCAUGCUGCAGCAGCCCUUCCCCACUGGUGGUGCUUUACCAGCGCUCUGCCCACCCCAUGCUGCUUCCUUGGCCCGACAUGGACUUUACUCAGAGAUUUGA